GUCGAGAACGACGAGGGGAGCUGCGAGGUGACAGAAGUCGGAAAGUUGGAAGGAGAAGCCUCGAUUAACAACCGCAAAGGGAAACUGAUUUUCUUCUAUGAGUGGAACAUGAAAGCUACUUGGACUGGAACGUCAAAAGCAGGAGUGAAAUAUAAAGGAACUGUGGAAGUUCCCAACCUGUCGGACGAGAACGACAUGGAGGAUCUUGAUAUUUCAGUAUCGCUGAAUAAAGAUGAACCCGAAACAUCGCUGACCCACCUGAUGAGGACGGAGGGAGCAGAUAAAAUGCGUAAAGCCCUGGCCAGCUACGUUGAUUACUUAAAAACAGAGUUCACACAGGGAAUGAUCCUGCCUACAGCAAACGGCAUGGCCAAGAUUCAGUCCUCUUCACAAUCAAAAGCCAAGAUGGACAGAACUCAGAUUUCCUCCUCCAGCAGCACAGCUGCUCCAGUCAACACCGGCGUCAAGAUCCCCACCUGUAAAUUCAGCAUCAGGGAAAAGUUCCUCACCUCCCCGGCUGAUCUCUACAGGGUCUUCCUCCACCAGGAGAUGGUCCAGGCGUUCACACACGCUCCGGCCACAGUGGAAGGAGAGCGGGGCGGAAAGUUUCGUCUGCUAGAGGGAAAUGUUUUUGGUGAAUUCUCAGAGCUGGUACCUGAUGAGAAAAUAGUGAUGAAGUGGCGAUAUAACAACUGGCCCAGUGAGCAUUACGCAACAAUCACGCUGACCUUCUUGGACCGGAGCAGCGAGACGGAGCUGAAGGUGGAGUGUCGAGGUGUCCCAGAAAACGAGGAGGAGCGGACGAAAGAGGGCUGGAAGAGAUACUACUUCGAGGCUAUCAAACAGACUUUUGGCUUCGGGGCGCGGCUCUUCUGAACACGGCUCGCUGUAGUGCUGUUUCCAUUUCCGUUUGUUUUUUUGUUGAAUUUUUUAAACAUGCUUGUCCUUCAGUCCCGUCUUUCUCGACGUGUCCAAACGUAGAAACUUCAGGCACGAGUUCAGGAAAGAGACGACGAGGCCAGUCUGUCACCCGAGUGUGUGUACGUGUAAAUGUUUUAAUUUUGAACAUAUUUAAAUUUCUCCCCGUCAGUAUUCUGCUCAGUUGUUCAAAGCGCUAGAUGGACGGUGCUUUUGGGACUGUGGAUGGAAAAUGAAAUAAAGAAAAUAAGAAUCUAUUGAACCACUUUUGCUAAUUGGCCUGCGAUGAAAUAAAUCUGUAAUUACUGCGACAGAUGAAAUAACUGUGGGAUUUGUUUUGUUUUAAAAGCCUGUUAAAUUUUUUUUUUUCUACUCUUCAGAUGUAACUGUAGUAAAGAUGCUGUCAGCCAAUAUGCAUGUUUUAUUUCAGACUGCCAGACGGAGGAGCGACUCCUGGAUUUGAACUAUUCUCGUGAAGUCUGUCACUUAAUAGCUGCACAGUUCUGUACUUUGAUUAUGGUUUCAUUCAGACUUGAUUUUACGCACUUCACGAGCCCGACGUCUGCCCGGUGUGAUCGGAUCGGCCCGGACUUUUCAGCAGGAAACGAUACCGCUAAUGUUUGUCACUGUCGAGAUAAAGAAGAAGAGCUUCACCUCUUCAUGCAGGAAGCUAGAUUUAGUAGCAACCGCUGAGAGAUGUUUUUCUUUAUUCUCCAUCAAAAAAAUGUACAUUUUCCAGUCAAAAGUUUUCAGAACAGACGCGUCUAUUUAUUCAUUGAUUCAUCAUUCACGCUGUAAAAAGAUUAGCUGGUUGGAAUAAAAACCGAUCCUUGUA